UCGAAAACGAGGAAGUCGAACUAGAAAUUCAAUUACCAGACCAGGGACCAAAAGGUAAUAAACAGGUAGAAGACGAAGAAGCUGAUAAUCAAGACAAUCAAGGAAGUGACCAAGAAAACCAAGUAGACGACGCUGAAGCAUCACAACCAUCAACCAGAGCCCCAACUCCAGAGCUAGAUAAUCAAAAUCCACCAGUAGCUCCACCAGCAGCAAUUCCACCAGUAGCGAAUCCACCAGCUCCGCCAGCAAACCCACCUAUACCCCCAGCACCACCAGUUCAAGCAGACGACGAAGAGGAAAUGUCUCAAGCCACAUAUCCAGUCUUUGAUGGGACAAAUCCACAUAAAUGGCUAGGUGAAAUGGAGAUAGCCUUUACUGCAAACAAUAUCCAAGCCAAUGCUAACGAACAAAGAAUAGGAUUGGCAGUCCUAAACUCUGGCCCUGCCAAAAUGUGGUAUAUAAUGUUGGCAGCGAAACCAACCACAUGGACAGUAGCAAAUCAUGUAGAUGGAUUCAAGGAACUAUUUUUAGAAAAAUACGCGAACGACGAUAACAGAGUGCAAGCCUCUCAGUCAGCCUUUAUGAGAACUCAAAGGCUAGGAGAAACUGUUGGCCAAUACUAUAAUGCAUUACAGGAGCAAUGGAUGGAGUGUGGAUAUGGAGUUAUACCAGAGUGGAUGAAGGUAAACAAGUUCGUACAUGGGCUAAUUCCAGCAAUCAGAGAGCCAGUAAUGCAGCAAGCCCCAACUACAAUCGCUGAUGCAGUAAAAGUAGCAACACAGUGCUACAAUGCGUUCCAAACAAAUGUCCAGCCAUCCCAUACGGCAACCGACACAGCACUACAGGCAUUGAUGGCAACAAUGCAAGAAUUGGUAGCCGAAACCAAGAACAAGAACAACAGCAACCAAGGGAAUGCUGGAAAUGAACGCCCUCA